GUCACGUGAUCCUGUUUUGACGCGCCGCCGUAACCGUGCAGGUGACGUGGAGUAUGGAGAAGAUAAUGAUAAAUGUAUUAAGACGGUAUUAAAUAUAUCAUAACUGUUAUCAGAUCUGUUAAGACCUUUUGAAUCUCCCUUCGUCAAAAAAUUCAGUCAAAUAUCAUCAGCGCUAACUAAACGAGUGUUUCUUCCUGGUAUCUUGUAACGAGCUUGAAGUUGUCAGAGUCAACAUUGACAUACUGCACCGUGCUGUAGCACCUGACAGUAUUCACAUGACAACCCUUUGAGAGCUCUCCUGCAGUCUUCAGUCAUGGCUAGUCCUGAUGAUUUAAAGUUUCAGGAGUUUGAAGAGGCCACAGAUCUGCUAUCUUCAAAUCCUGGAGCAUCAACCCUCAGCAUCUCCAGUCCCGGUACCGGAGCCUCCCCUGGAGAUGUCAGACUCGACCUAUCAGAUGAUGAAGAGAACCAGCAAGAGAAUUCAGAGCUUCUUGGAGGUGAAAAACAAACCGGUGGAUUUUGGACUUUUGAAUACUAUCAGUCAUUCUUCAACGUAGAUACAGUUCAGGUUCUGGAUAGGAUAAAAGGCUCAGUUAUACCUUUGCCAGGAAGAAACUUUGUCAGACACCACAUUCGAAGUAACCCUGAUUUAUAUGGUCCAUUCUGGAUCUGCGUGACUUUAGUGUUCUCAGUGGCGAUCAUGGGGAACCUCUCUACCUUUCUGAGCAAGAGGGGAGACCCAGACUUUCACUACAGACCUCAGUUCCACAGAGUCUCAAUAGCCGCAGUUACUGUGUUCCUCUACGCAUGGCUGGUACCUCUCGGAGUUUGGGGAUUCCUGACAUGGCGUCAAAGUGUUGAGAGGCAGAUCAGUGGAUAUACGUUUUUAGAGACCGUGUGUGUCUAUGGAUACUCCCUUUUCAUAUAUAUUCCUACCUCUAUAUUAUGGGCCAUUCCCUUCAACUGGAUGCAGUGGCUGUUGAUUGUUGUUGCCAUGGUGAUCUCUGGGUCAGUGUUGGUCAUCACUUUCUGGCCGACUGUUCGUGAUGACACCAAACUAACAGCUUUUGCUACCAUGGCAGUUAUAGUGUCACUUCAUGCCCUUCUGGCUAUUGGCUUCAAGAUGUACUUCUUCCAAACGGCAACAUACACAGGAUCAUCACACCCCGCACAACACAUUACUCCAGCCUCUAAUCACACAUCAUCUACCGUGGGAUAAUCUCAUUUACAAAACUGAAGCCUAUGAGUCUUGAGAUUAAGAGGACAUGGAAAUGCAUGAUGAAUGUGUAGUAAUUAUGAUCAAUGAGCAGUGGAGUUUUUCGGGUUAGUGUGCUGACACAUGCAUUCCUAGCAAACAGAUGCAAAGUGUUACCAUUCUGCAACUAAUCAAGCAAAUGAAAUAACUUAAUUUAGAUCAAGUAAUAUCACCAUAAUAAUUUAAAUAUUAAUUUAAACAUUUGAUUUUGUCGUGAGUUUCGAAGGUUUUUCUUAAUAUUAAAAAGGCUUACCUACUAUUAUUUUCCUAGUGUUAUUUACCUAUAUUCAUUUGUUACCUUUAAAGUAUAAGACAUAUGAAAAGAUGUUUUUCAUUUAAAUUUCGUUUGGAACAUUAAAGCUGCAAGGAACCCAAAUUGAUUUGUACAUUGAUCUGACAUUACUGUGAAGUGAUAAGAUGUAAGGUUUGCCUUAUAACCCCUGACUGCUUUUCCUUACGUUCUUAACGAUCUCUCAUGUCUCUGUAAAUUGAGAGUAAAAGUAUCUGUAUUCUAUAUUUCCUUUUUCUUGUUCAGUUUUGUGUUUUGACACUGUAAGGUGGUGAAAAAUGUGGGAGAAGAACCACCACCCACUGGCCCAAUGGCGGAGUCCAAGUGGCGUGGCUAAGGCAUGCGUGUUCUGUCUUUCCCGCGCUCUGGGUUGUUAUUGUUAACAUUAUUUUAAUGUUGUGCAAUAUUAUCUGACUCCAAGAUAAAAGGAAAACCUUGUUGAA